AUGGCUCAAUCUAUGUAUCCUAAUGAGCCUAUUGUCGUGGUCGGCAGUGGUUGUCGCUUUCCUGGUGGCGCCAACACACCCUCCAAGCUCUGGGAGCUACUCCAGCAUCCUCGCGAUGUGCAGAGUCGAAUCCCCAAAGAACGAUUUGACGUCGACACAUUCUAUCACCCGGACGGGAAGCACCACGGGCGAACAAACGCACCCUACGCCUAUGUUCUCCAAGACGAUCUGGGCGCCUUCGAUGCCCCCUUCUUCAACAUCCAGGCUGGAGAGGCCGAGAGUAUGGACCCCCAGCAGCGGCUGUUGCUGGAGACGGUGUACGAGGCCGUAACGAAUGCUGGAAUGCGCAUCCAGGAUCUGCAAGGAACUUCGACUGCUGUUUACGUCGGGAUGAUGACGCACGACUAUGAGACUGUCUCGACCCGCGACCUGGAGAGCAUCCCCUCCUACUCGGCGACGGGCGUCGCGAUGACGAUCGAUACGGCAUGCAGCUCGUCGUUGGUUGCCGUUCAUCUGGCGGUGCAACAGCUACGGACGGGCCAAAGCUCCAUGGCAAUUGCUGUGGGUGCGAAUUUGAUUCUGGGGCCCAUGACAUUCGUCCUUGAAAGCAAAUUGAGCAUGCUAUCCCCCUCGGGUCGAUCCCGCAUGUGGGACGCCGGAGCUGACGGCUAUGCCAGAGGCGAAGCUGUUUGCUCUGUAGUGUUGAAGACAUUGAGUCAAGCCUUGCGCGAUGGGGACACGAUUGAAUGUGUCAUCCGAGAAACUGGGGUGAAUCAAGAUGGCCGAACGACAGGCAUUACGAUGCCGAACCAUAGUGCUCAGGAGGCACUCAUCAAGGCUACCUACGCCCAGGCUGGCCUCGAUAUCACCAAGGCUGAGGACAGGUGCCAAUUCUUCGAGACUCAUGGGACUGGUACCCGGGCAGGAGAUCCCCAGGAGGCGGAGGCCAUUGCAACGGCCUUCUUCGGCCACGAGAAGGUAGCACGCAACGACGGAAACGAGAGGGCCCCUCUGUUCGUGGGCAGCGCGAAAACCGUUGUCGGUCACACCGAGGGCACGGCCGGUCUGGCUGGUCUCAUGAAGGCGCCGUUCGCCGUCCGCCAUGGGGUCAUCCCCCCCAACCUGCUGUUCGACAAAAUCAGCCCGCGAGUCGCCCCGUUCUACAAAAACCUCAAGAUUGCCACAGAAGCAACCCCAUGGCCGGCUCUCCCGCCCGGACAACCCCGCCGCGUCAGUGUCAACUCCUUUGGAUUCGGCGGCACCAAUGCGCAUGCCAUUAUUGAAGAAUACAAGGGGCCGGAGCAAACCCAGCUGCGAGUCUCGAAUGAUGAGGACUGCCCUCCCCUGACUGGUGUCCUGAGUUUACCCUUAGUCCUCUCGGCUUGGAGGAAGCCAUCGAGGAUGGUAUUGUUGCGAGCGACUUCAGUACGGAGGUCAGAGGCCAGCCAUCGGUCUUGGGAAUCUUCACCGGGCAGGGGGCGCAGUGGCCGGGGAUGUUAA